CGUGUGAGUAUUUUGUCGGGUGGGCGGGACAACGGCUCUGUUGUGUUUCUGGAAGCUCCCAGCUGGGAAAAGGGGAAAAAGCGGCACAGUUUUUGUUUCGCUUUCUCUGAUUUGUUUUUCUCUCUGUCGCUGAACUGAAUGCUCAUUCAGUAAAACAGGUCAUUUUCGACGCUGCAGCUCGAUGGGAAAAGUGUAGCCAUGUUCAGCUUCGAGGGAGAUUUCAAGCGGACGCCUAAAGUGUCCCUUGGAGGGGCGAGUAAAAAGGAGGAAAAAGCGUCUCUUCUUCACCGGACUCAGGAGGAACGACGCAAGCGAGAGGAUGAAAGGAAAAGGCUGAAAAACGCAAUAAUCAUCCAGUCUUACAUACGAGGCUUCCAGGAGAGAAAACGACAACAUGGCAUUCAGCGAAGUCAUUUCGACCGCUGCGUGUGUGAGAGUCAGUGUUCCUCUGGAUCCACGCUCCCGGAUGCUGCUCCGCUCAGUCUGCUCAUCCGCCGCCUGCUCUUCUUCUACCGCCACAGCGAGGACACACACCGGCUGAUCUGGCUGUGUCAGAGUGUAGUCAAGCACCACGCUCAGUUUGUGAAGCUGCUGGCUGGACCUGAGAGAAGCACGUGCAUGUUCCAGAUUAAGAGGCUUCUCGGACACUGCUGCAGACUCCUGCAGCUGUGUGAAGACGACGGUGUAAACGUGGCCGUCCCCAUGCGCAUGUUGGAGGUGUUUUGCGCGGAGAGGACCUACCUGCCCCCUCUGCAGGACGCCGCCGCAGCCGCCGCGCUCACCGAGCAGGUUUUGCACUAUAUGGUUCAGAAAGGAUACUACAGGACUCUGUACGUGCUGGCCAAUCACAAGUUACCAUCCAGUCUGGAUUACAGCGACGCCCCCUCACUUCCCCUGGCACACACACUGCUGGAGCACACACUCAAACCACUGCACUUUACCUACAGCUCCUGUCCCGCGGGGGCCAGGCAGUUAGUGUUCUCAGCCUUUACAGAAGACUUCAUCUCUCCUCCGUUCACUGAGCAGAUGUUUCACUUCUUCGUGCCGGCGCUGGCGGACCCCAGACUCUGCUUCCCGUUUCACGACUUCCUGUUCUCCCUGCAGGCCACCGUCUCCUCGUCAGACCGGGCCCAGUGUCACGCCCCGUGGCUCUUCUACUUCGUGCUGUCGCUCGGGGAAACGGGCCUCGGCUCUCUGUCAGAAGAAGGGCUGCUGUUGUAUCUGAGUGCUCUGCAGGCUCUGCUCCCUCUGCUUCCUGUGAGCGAGAGCCACACAAGAGCUGACGUCAACAGCGACUCGGAGGACGAGAAUGACGCCUCGACACACCCUCCUCCUGUACAGGACGACAACAGGAUGUCGGUGCAGUUGAUCACACAGCUGUGUGUGCAGAAGUUGGACUCGAAGCAGCAGACGAACGCGCUGCUGUCUCUGGUGUGGAGAGACUCAGCCAGCGAGGACGUCUUCACCAUGAUGGCGUCCAUCUGCCACACCCUCAUGGUGCAGCACCGCAUGAUGGUGCCCAGAGUCAGGCUCCUGUACAGUUUGGCCUUCAACGCUCGCUUCCUCAGACACCUGUGGCACUUAAUAACGUCCAUGAGGACCAAAAUGAUCACAGGGUCUCUGGUGCCGUUGCUGCAGUUGAUGUCUCGCGGCUCUCCCAUGUCUGCUGAGGACUCGAGCAGGAUCAUCCCUCUCUUCUACCUGUUCAGCUCGCUGUUCAGCCACUCGCUCAUCUCCAUCCACGACACAGAGUUCUUCGGGGAAGCCAUGGAUGGUCAGAGGCAGGCGUCCAUGAUGCCGUUCUCUCUCCCGGAGUUGGUGACUCUGUCCCGGUGUUUGCGUGAUGCGUGUCUGGGGAUCAUCAAGCUGGCGCAUCCCGAGACCAAGAGCGGCCACAGGGAGGAAUACGCAGCCGCCUUCCGCAGCGUCGGAGUCAAAACCAGCAGCCAAGUGCAGCAGCGCAUCCAGAACCAACAGAAACGCUGGGUCCAGCUGUUCAAGGUGAUCACGAACCUGGUGAAGAUGUUGAAGGCGCGGGACAUCAGGAGGCCGUUCUGCCCGAAGGGUCACUGGCUGUCCGACGAGGUCAACAUCAGGGCUGAUAAGGUGACUCAGCUGUACGUGCCGUCUGCUCGACACGUGUGGAGGACGAGGCGUAUGGGCCGAAUCGGACCGCUCCAGUCCACGUUAGAUGUUGGCUUGGAGCCUCCGCCCCUGUCUGUUUCAGAGGAGAGACACCUGGCCAUCCUCACAGAGCUGCCGUUUGUCGUGCCUUUCGAGGAGAGAGUCAAGAUAUUCCAGAGGCUGAUCUACGCUGAUAAACGGGACGUACAGGGGGAUGGCCCUUUCCUAGACGGCAUCAACAUCACCAUCCGGAGGAACUACAUCUACGAGGACGCGUACGACAAACUGUCUCCGGAGAACGAGCCCGAUCUGAAGAAGCGUAUCCGCGUGCACCUGCUGAACGCUCACGGCCUGGACGAGGCCGGCAUCGACGGCGGAGGGAUUUUCCGCGAGUUCCUCAGCGAGCUGCUCAAGUCGGGGUUCAACCCCAACCAGGGCUUCUUCAGGACCACCAACGAGGGGCUGCUGUACCCGAGCCCCACGGCCGAGAUGCUCACGGGCGAGAGCUUCACGCGUCACUACUACUUCCUGGGUCGGAUACUGGGCAAGGCUCUGUAUGAGAACAUGUUAGUGGAGCUGCCGUUUGCCAGUUUCUUCCUGUCCAAGCUGCUCGGGACCAGCGCUGACGUGGACAUUCAUCACCUGGCCUCGCUCGACCCCGAGAUGUACCGGAACCUUCUGUUCCUCAAGAGCUACGAGGGAGACGUGGAGGACCUGGGCCUGAACUUCACCGUCGUCAACAACGACCUGGGAGAGGCUCAGGUGGUUGAGCUGAAGCAGGGGGGGAAGGACAUCCCGGUUACCACGGCGAACCGCAUCGCCUACAUCCAUUUAGUGGCCGAUUACCGCCUGAACAAACAGAUCCGCGCUCACUGCCUGGCGUUCAGACAGGGCCUGGCCAACGUGCUCAACCUCGAGUGGCUGCGCAUGUUUGACCAGCAGGAGAUACAGGUGUUGAUCUCCGGCGCACACGUGCCUAUCUGUCUGGACGACCUGAAGAAAUUCACCAAUUACUCAGGAGGUUACUCGCCCACUCACCCGGUCAUCAAGAUCUUCUGGGAGGUGGUGGAGAAUUUCAGCGACGAGGAGAAACGCAAGCUGCUCAAGUUCGUCACCAGCUGCUCACGUCCUCCUCUGCUGGGAUUUAAAGAGCUCUACCCUGCCUUCUGCAUCCAUAACGGGGGGAACGAUCUGGAGCGCCUGCCCACCGCCAGCACCUGCAUGAACCUCCUCAAGCUGCCCGAGUUCUGCGACCAGGAGCUGAUGAGGAACAAGCUGCUCUACGCCAUCGAGUCGUCCUCGGGCUUCGAGCUCAGCUGAGAGCCAGCGGGACGCCGUUGCCUUGGUGACCAAAUGGGGGGGGCGGGCUCUUUAUUCCUAAACGUGAGGCGAAAGAACAAAAUGCUUGACAUGCUUGGACACCGAUGCUGGAAAUCUGAUGAAGGACAACGGGGACACCGAGUUUUUAUUUUAAUCCUGAACACGGAUGAGUCAAAACUGCGUCAAAGGAAGUGACUGCACUGCUCGAGACGCCAUCAUUCAAAGCACUGCACAUCUUAUAAAAAUUAACAUGCGAUGCAUAACUCACCAAAGAUUUUUGCUAGGUUAUUUUUGUAGUGCUGGUGCUGGACGUUUAAGAAGAGACGUAGGAACGCUAACGAGAUGCUAGCUGCGCUCUCUGACGUGACUGUGAGGAAGAUGUAGCUUCGCCAACAAAGACAGAGGUUAUUCAUGCUAACACAAGGAUUUAGCUUUGCUCUGAUUAGACAGCCGAGCUCUGUAGCUGUGCUUAUAAACCCUGCGCAUAAGAGCAUAUUAGUAGUUUAGCAUUAGCAGCAGUACGUCGUGAUUUUUAGCUUCGCUAAUAACAGGCUAUCAAGAGUGACGUAGUAGCUACAAGGAAACUCCAUCUGUCUUUUUUCCCCCCAUUCAAAAUUCUGAGAGGAAACUUUUAAAUUGCUAAUCGCGUUCUGACUUUGCAGUCUUAAAACACGACUGUUUAGAUCAUGAAGAUGCAAGAUCCGCUCAGAGGUGUGCUAUUAGCUAUGUAGCCACUUGCACAGUGUACAGUAUAGUUGAUGUAAUUUUUUUUCCCCUCUAACUACAAAGAAGAACUAGCUAGCUAGCUAACCACCUAGUAUGCUUAAUACCUGGUGUGCUAAUUAUCUUCCAGCCACUUAAAGUAGUCCCCUAAUUGGCUCGUCGAACAUAGCUAGUCAGAUGUUUGUUUUUUCUUCUAAAUAGGUAGCAUUUUACUUCUCCUCUUGAUCCUACCAUGCUAGCUAGCCAGUGGGUUAAUUAAUUAGUUUGCUAAAUAGCUAGCAGAGACUAUUUUUAAGUUGUGAUAUAGAUAAGUUCAGUAACUAGCUAAGUAAAACCCAGUUUGAGCUUAGCAAAGCUCACGUAUAUGUUUAAGUAUUACAUGAUUUUGCUCUUACAUUCCUAAACAGCUUCAUCCACCACUUUUGCUGGUUUUAAAAGGAAAAUCGCAUCAGCUCGCAGUGCCUUCUGGGUAACGUUCUGCUUCUGGAUCCUUCAGGCUUCCAAAGGUUCAUCUCACCAACAUUUCUUCACCUGACAGUGUAACAGAACAUCUGCAGGGUGUUCAAGCAAAGUGAGACGUUUCUGGAGAUGACUUUAAAAAAAAAAAAAAAAAAAAAAAAAAAAAAAAAAAGCUUGGCUUUGUUUUAGAAUUUCAUCAAGGAGGAAACAUUUAGACCUUUUAGGUUGGGGUUUCUCUUUACAUGAUGACUAAUGAAGAGUUCAAGCACUAAUACUUGUGUGUGAGUGUGUGUGAGUGUGUGUGUGAGUGUGUGUUCAGGGGUGGACAAAUCAGCAACCCAGGACUGGCAUGUUGCGUGUCGAGUGUUUUAUUCAUAGUUGCGAGCAGGAUUAAUAGGUGUAAUAAGACUUCUGAGCAAGCCGUUAGCAGCUUCUUUUCUCUCGUCCACCAGCCAGACGAAGAAAAAAAUAAUAAAUAUCCUAUUGACUUAAAAUAAAACAUUUUUUAACUACAUGCAUAUGUUUAAACCAUCCGUUCACCUCAUUUUUUUAAUGCUUUAGGGUUCUACUCAUCACCUGCUGCUCUACACGCUAAUCAGUCAAGAAUGCAUUCCAGUCAUCGUCAGGAGCUAUUUUCACCACUUGCAUAAAUUAAAUGAUAUUUUUUCUUCUUACGAAUCAGCAACACGAAGAGACGUGGAAAUGGUGACGAACCCGAGCAAAAUGUAAAUCGACGAUGAGGAGGAUAUAAGGACAGGAUGAGGAGGAUGGCUACACAGAAUCUUUCCCGAGCCAGGAACUGAAAUAUUCCCUUCAUUAUUCAGCAGUAAUGCACUUCCAUACAUAACUCGCUUGUUAUUCUUGGAGGUUAAAUUAAAUUAGCCUCUAGAUUUCCGAAUGAUUUUAUGAUUUGUCCAUCCCUGGUGCUGAAGGAUCGACUGACGGUGUGAACAGGUUAGCGGUCACGUGACAUUUUUAUGAACGUUUAUACCAUUUGCAGAGGUAGUUAGUUAAUUAGUUAGUGAGUGGUUUUUCUAUAAACGUGUGCGCUUUUCUCUCUCUACAUGGUCAGUUUUGCCUCAGCAUGGCCGUGUUCGUUUUGUGCACUGAACAAGCAGCACGUCCUCUUGACUCGUCGAACGUUGGCACUAAACCUGACGUCUGUGCAAUAAUGUACACUCUCACGAAGCCGCCUCAGUACGUGUAGGAAUAAGCAUUGCGAUUGCUGCUUUACGCUCUCCAGCUCCAGCACGUGCCUGUUCAUUUCUCUGCUGUUUGCCUUUGGUGUUUUUUUUUUUUUUUUUUUUUCCUGAAUGAAUAUGAGUGUGUGUCGUUCUCUCUUGCACAGUGUUUCAGAAAUUCUUCCUUUGUCUCUUCUGUUUAACUCUAUAUAGCAGGACGAUCUCGCAGCAUCCCUGUUAAUGAUUAAAAAAAAAAAAAAAAACCAAAAGAAAAAAAAAAGUCGACUCUGCCCCGUCUACAAUCUCAACUCAAGGUGAAAUCCGCAAUACGCCGUUAAGGGCACGGGACAUCAGACUGCUUUGAAAUCCACCGCUGUUGAGACGGUAACAGCCAGCGUGCCCUGAAAGAUCUCAAAUAAUAAUAAUAAUAAUAAUUAACACCAUGUUCUGAGCACAGAGAAAAAUAUCUAUGUAUCAGAGUGUAUGUAAAAAUGAUUAAAUAUGUUUUGGGGGAUUUUAUUUGCAA